AAUAAAUAAAAUUUUUGAUAUUAAAUAGCUACUUUUUUAUAAAUUAAAUUUUGAUUUUAAAAUAUACAGAAUAAUAUUUAAUAUAGUUUUGUGAAUACAGUGAAUACAAAACUUUACUACAUUUUGCAUAAAUUAUAAGAUGGAAAAUCAUUCAUCAGAACCGAAUUGGAAUUUAACGUGACCAAAAUAAAGAUUUCUUUUGAAAAUAAUUAUUUUUAUAACAUAAAUGAGACGAAAAACAUUUGACAUUCCGAUCAUUCUUUAAUUUGGAAUGAAAUUGGAACCAACGGUUAUGAGGAUCUAUCAAAUUAUAUUAAUUUUGCAAAUCUUUGCUAAUGUAAAGACAACACACGUUCAAGAUGCCAAAACAAAAAUAUUAAAAACAAUACAUGAAUCUCUUGACCCAGACCAAAAUAGAACAAGAAAGGAUGUAUUAGAUUUAGAUACAGACAGGACAUUUCAUAUUUUUUCCCAUGCAAGACAUCCAAACAGAUGGAGCGGCCGGCAUAAAACAGGGCCGCUAUUCACACCUUGGACAGCAUGGGGUAUUUGCGAUAGUUCAUGUAAGAAACGUCGGGAAAGAUAUUGUAAAGUUAAACGAAAAUGCGGCUAUACAAAGCAUAUUGAAGAACAAUUAUGUUCAAAAAAAAAAUGCCAUAAGCGUCAUACAGAUAUAUUCCGCCCAAAUUUACAGCUAGAGACUCAAGAAAAAUCUAAAACAACUUUUCGUGAUAUUACACUUCAUAGUAACGAAGAAAAAACAAACCUACAUCAUCACAAUCGAAUAACAACAAAACAAAAACCACAUUAUUGGUUACCUGUAUACGAAGAAAUUGAUGAAAACAAAAAAAGCAGAUCCCCGUUAGGCAGUGGCACUAACAGUAAUUUUGAUGAUGAAGCUGAUUUUUUCAUAAUUAAAAGACGUAAACCAGAUAAAAGGAAGAAACGGAAAAAUAGAAACAAAAAAUUUCACAAUCAAGACAAUUAUGGCAGUAGUGAAGAAAAUAACAAUGAUAACAGCGAUGAAAGUAAUGAAGAUGAUGAUAAAGAUCAACAUGAUUUUGAUGUUGAUUCAAUUUAUAAUAGAAAAAUUAUCAAAUCAAUACGUAAAGAACAAUGGCGAAGAAGUGAUGACCACUUUUGGCCAAGGAAUUCAAAAAAAAGUAACAACACAAAAAAUAAAAACGAAACGAAAAAUUUAAAGAAUCCUCCGUUAUCAAAUACAAACACCGAAUAUGAUGAACAAGAAGUGCCAACCAGCUUUGAAUACGAUGACAUAGAUUUUGAUAAUGAAUAUGAUCAUUCAUUAAAUAUGACAAGGAUUCCUCAAGAAAAAGCUGUGUACGAGCCGCCUCCAAAACACAAAAGAGCAUAUUCAAAAUGGAGUGAAUGGUCAAAAUGUUCAACAAAAUGUACAACACGGCGAUAUAAAAAAUGUCGAAUACGUGAUAUUUGUGGCAGGGAAGUUUUACGAGAAAUCGCUUAUUGUUAUACAGAAGGCAGUUUUUGUCAGCAAUGGCUUCAAGCUCAAGGACAAAGAACAAGCCCAUAUGAUUUAAGACCGAUGGCAUCAAGUCGAAAGGAUGUAGCAAGCCAAAAUUCAGUUUUCAAUGAUUACAUAAUUAGUGGUAAAGGAUACCGUGGACCAGAAUAUCAACCAAUGAAAUUAAAAUGUGGUUUAGCACCAAUAAAAAAUAAUCGAAGAAAUAUGUACAAUAUGCUAAAAAUAAUUGGCGGCAAAGCAUCGAGAAAAGGUGAAUGGCCAUGGCAAGUAGUAAUAUUCAAUAGGUUUAAGGAGGCAUUUUGUGGUGGCACAUUAAUAGCGCCUCAGUGGGUAAUCACUGCAGCACAUUGUGUACGCAAAGUUUUACAUGUUCGUAUUGGUGAACAUAAUUUAGAUUUUAAUGAUGGUACAGAAAUCGAAUAUCGUGUUGUCAGAAGUUUCAAGCAUCCAAAUUAUGACAAAAAAACAGUUGAUAGUGAUAUUGCUCUGUUACGAUUACCAAGACCGGUUAAUUCAACAACAUAUAUAAGCUAUUCAUGUUUACCUAAACCUUAUCAAAGAUUACCAAAAAACAUUCAGUGUACUGUAAUUGGAUGGGGUAAAAGACGUAAUCGUGAUCAAGCUGGUACAAGUGUAUUACAUCAAGCUGACGUUCCAAUAAUACCAAUGGAAAAUUGCAAAAAUGUAUAUAAAGAUUAUACAAUAACAAAUAAUAUGUUUUGUGCCGGUCAUAAACGUGGUCGUAUUGAUACCUGUGCUGGUGAUUCUGGAGGACCAUUGUUAUGCCGUGAUGGAACAAAACCAAAUCAUCCAUGGACAAUAUUUGGCAUAACAAGUUUUGGCGAUGGUUGUGCUAAACGUAAUAAAUUUGGAAUAUAUACCAAAGUACCUAAUUAUGUAGAUUGGAUUUGGUCCGUUGUAAAUUGUAAUGGUAAUUGCAAACCAAAUGCACUAAAUUAUAGAUGAGAUUAAUAUAAAAUUAAAUAACUACAAUUAAAUCGAAAUAUAAAAAAAAUGUGUACAAUAAUGUACAAUAAUGUACAUAUAUGCAAACCUAUGUAAAGAAAAAAAUCGAAAUAAUCGAAAUUAAUUAAAUAUAUUAUAAGCAUAAGAAAAUAAUUAAUAAAUUUUGUUAUUAAAAAAGGUUAUAAUUAUAAUUUAAAGUCGUAUUUUUAAAUGUAGUCUUACAUAUUAAUUUUAA